UGAGCCAGUCAGUUAUAAGAAAGCACAUUGCUCGUAGAUACUGGCUUUCUAUUAUUGUAUUACAUGUAAAAGCCAUCGUAUUGAUCAAACAACAAUGUGAGUCAUGUGAUCUCGGCCUUUGGGGAGCAGACGACAGUUGUUUCUCCGGUCGCCAAGCGAGAGGGACAGUUUCACAGACUGUUUAGCUCCAAGCAUAUGAAAUAACGUAGAGGACAUUUUCCCCGAAACUUGUAAUCAUGAAUCGGAAAGGUUCAAGCGUCGCCUCUCUCGGAGCCCCAUCCGAAAACAGGAGGAUGUCGAUGGCGAAAGGAUUUGGUGGUUCCAACGAAGCUUUGAGAAGGGCUAGCAAUGCCCCAAAACAGAGUGUAAGCAGCGGACCUUCUUUGGUUGGUCUCUUGGCUUCUAAACGCCUGGCCAAGAGACUGACCUCAAGGUUCUUUGACAAGAGAGGGAAAUAUGGUUCGCGACUCUCUUCGCAAACCCAGAUGCAAGUUCCGAAGGAACCGAGUUAUCGAAUGGAACCACAUAAGAAAUUUUCACCAGAAAAGGUACACGGUGUUAUCGAAGAGGUUUUGAACGAGAAGCUUGGGCGUUUCAAGUAUAAUCCCAAGUUCUGUGCCAAUAUUAGCAAGGUUUUAUCGGAUGAGAUAAAGGACAAAGUGAAACUGUUGGGGUAUGACCGUUAUAGGAUUAUCUGCCAGGUGCAUAUUGGCGAAAAGAAAGACCAGAGCAUUGUCACCUGUAGCAGGUGCGUCUGGGACGACAACCUCGAUAACUACGCCACCUACACCUUUCAGAACAACUUCAUAUUCUCCACGGCGACGGUUUUUGGUGUGUACAGCGAGUGACGUGGUCGUUCUUGUUCGUAUGUAUUUCUGACAUUGAUCUGUAUGCAUCGUAAAAAUGGACAAUUCAUAUCAUUGAGUUGAACUUUUAAUGAAACAGUGUCCACUUUCGUCUAUUUCGUAUAAUGUUCGAGAGAAACAUUGACAUUUCUUUUCUGUUGUGUUUUGGUAAAACAUAUACUUUUUUAUGAUACGGGAAGGACAGUGAAGAAAGUGCAUCACUCAUCUGGAAUAGAAAGUGUUGAGAUGCAUUGUAUAACAUCACACAUCCCGUGCUUUUAAUACAACCAUAUUCAUAAAGUGUCUGGAUACUUCUGUAUAGCAGAUAUGUAUGAAGACAACAACCCAAGCUGUUGUGUGUGUGACGGAUCCAGGUUUUGAAAAAGGAUAUUGGAGAGGACUGAAAAGAAGACAGGCAAAUGAUGUCACGCUUCGUUUGUUUCCUGUUCCGUGUUUCAAGACUCUGGAUGUAAGGGAGGCGAAGGGAAAUAUUAACCUGUUCUUUAUACAAAUCAGUAUGACAUUUUGCUGUACAGUGAGCUACUCUGUUCAACAGUCGUCUCGUGUUAGUUCCGUCAUUCUGAGUAGUCGCCCACGAUUGUUUUGACUUUAAACUUCGAUAGAUACCGGACUGGGAUUGUCAGUAACCAAACAACUUGAUCUGAGCAAUGGUUAUCCGAUUAUUAUGUGUUUAAUGCGGGUAAUGUAGUUAUGUUUUGCAUUUUAGGAUUUUAAGUUUGCUGUGACGUCUUCUUUGUAAUGGUUAGAUAACGUUUGUAAUGUUAUGGUCAAAUCUAAUUCUAUUAGUAUAGUUUUGGUUCCAAUCCAAGGCAUUUUCUUCUGUUAACUGUCUGUAUUUCAUAUAAUUCUAUUUUUGUAAUAGAAUGUAUUUUCUUUUAA